AGAUUUUUCCACAAAUGAAUCGAAGAAGUUGGACAACAGGCGACUGAACAGGUAUCGGGACGUGUCACCUUAUGACCAUUCACGAAUCGUGUUGAAGCGAGGCGAGACUGACUACAUCAAUGCCAAUAUGGUCAAGAUGGAACGAGCCGAGCGAAAGUAUAUCCUCUGUCAGGGUCCGCUACCGUUAACCGUGGGUCACUUCUGGCUCAUGGUGUGGGAGUACAAUUCCCGGGCGAUUCUGAUGCUGAACAAAUUGAUUGAAAAGAAACAGAUCAAGUGCCACCUAUACUGGCCGGAAACGAUUGGCGAGGAGCACAAAUUGGAACUUCCGGAAGUGCAGCUAGCGAUAGAGUACGUCAAGUGUAUCGAGUACAAAAAUUUCUGCAAAAGAACCUUCCGAUUAACUGACACGGAAUCGAGUAAAACACGCGAGGUCGUUCAAUUCCAUUAUACCACAUGGCCGGACUUUGGUAUUCCCAGUUCUCCGGUGGCAUUUUUACAGUUUCUGAAAGAGGUUCGGGAGUCGGGAGCACUAGAUAAGGAUGUUGGUCCACCGAUCAUUCACUGCAGCGCAGGAAUCGGCCGGUCCGGAACGUUUUGUUUGGUGGACUGCUGUUUGGUGUUGAUUGACAAAGAAGGAGAGGAUAAAGUAGCUGUACAAGAUGUUUUGCUGGAAUUGCGACGAUUUCGCAUGGGACUGAUACAAACUGUAGAUCAAUUAUAUUUUUCAUAUCAAGCUAUCAUCGAAGGCAUGAAACGUAUGAACAAUUCGUCAUUCGAAGACUUCGAGGAACUGUCCGUCGUGGCAACCGAUAGUCAGGUUACUUCGGAUCAGGAUAAUGACGAUACCCCUCCGCCUUUACCACCGCCCCGGUCGCAUUCGCUCACGAUUGCUCAGAAACCGUUGCCAUUGAUUCCGAACAGUGAGAGCGUCCACGAAGAUUUCCUAACGUGUAACGAACGGGACAUGGUGAACAAUUUGGUGAACAUAGAAAAAAGUAAGCAAUAUGAGAUUAGCAAGGAUCGACCGCUGCCUCCGCUGCCGAAGGACUCACUGGAAAAGGUACACGAGGCGAACAGUUCGGCCGACAGCGGCGCAUCCAGUAGUGAAGAGGACGAGCUUAUUGAAGAGAACGAUAGCGACCAGAACGGCGAUGAAAGUGACGAAGGGGACAAUAGUGAUAACAUCGAAAGUUCCGUGCUGGACGACACUACGAUAACCAGUUCGUCUUCGUCGGCGUUAACCUCUACGACGACGGCCACGUCUACCACAGUGACGACGACAACCGGCGCAACGGCCACGGCUGCCAGCAGUAACACAUCGACGCUGGAGUCGAAUCGUGGUGGAGCCGGACAAAAAUCUUUCGAUGCCAAUGCGACGCUCCCACCGGUACCCAAUGGUGUGGACAGCAAUAGUAAUAGUGCCGGGGAAGAUGCUGCUUCUAGCCCAGAGAGGGGACAAUCACCGAAUGCAGAGCUACGCCGCCGGAAGCGACUCGAGCGCCAGUCUGCGAUGGAGGAAAAGAUCCGGGAAAUCAAACGCAAACAGAAGGAAUCGGAGAGUGGUUCGCCGAAAAAGCGCAGGAAACAAAUGGAAACGGAGAAAUGAUAUUUGCAAAUUCCAUGGAAAUUAUACUUCAUAUGCUACAUCUAAAAUGGUGACAGAUAGUGUUAACUAGAUGAAAAAUCCUAAUCCUGCCGGGUAACUAAAACGGACAAACGAACUGUUAACAAGCAUCGCAAAGUUAAGUAAUCAAUAGGCAACAAUGACAUAUAGCAGACCUCUUUUGCUAUUUAAGAGUAUUUGAUUCGUUUUCACACGACAGCUCAACAGCGACUUGUAGAAGAAGAAGCAAAAUAAAUUGACUUCACGAAACGUGAAAAAAAAAUCCAAUAUCCUGAUCCUGAUGCAAGUGUUUAGAUGUCUGUGUGAAUUUAAUAUCUAAACAGAUAGGCACGACAUUUUCCCUGUAUGAUAAGUGAAGAAUACCUAUUAAAAACGCAGACUAGAAAUACACUUACACAACUAGAAAUCGAAGACUGCAUAAUUUCUUACUAUUGAUAUGUAGAGUAUGAUGGAGCAAGACGUUUCGCGUAAAAAGUUCAGAUCCUCGAAAAUCCAAAAUAUAAUGUUAUUUUAAAACAGUUGAGAGUUCUUUCUUAAAUUACGUAACGCUAAAUUUGAUGAUUUUGGAUCCCCAUCCUCCCCGUUGUAACACUUUUUGUAAGGAAGCUUUAUUUCUUGUAUGGAUCCUAACGUAAUUUGUGAAAGGCCCCUAAAAUCAGAUACGGAGCUCAAAUUUUCUUAAACUACUGAAUAUGCAAACAAUUUAAAUUCGUAAUUUCGUCAUUGAUAACACAGAACAGGUAUAACAUAAAGAGUCGUCUCUAAUAGCCUAUUCAGAUUGCGCCAUUUAUUCAAGUUUCUUUCUCAUAUUUAAAUCGAUAAUUAUUAUAAUAAAAAGCGUAAUCUAAAUAUGUAGGCUAUAAUUCCAACAUGGUAUGCUGGCUGAGUAAUAUACUCAAUUAAGUUGAAAACCGGAAUAGGGGACUAGCGAAGUUGGAUUUUUCUCGUAAUCCGUACGUUAAACCUAUAACUUCGCUAGUGGCGCGCUAGUCUAAUUAGGGCCUAAUUAGACUAGCGCACUACUAGCGAAGUUAGGUUUAACGUACGGAUUGCGAGAAAAAUCCAAUUUCGAUAGUCCCCCAUUUCGGUUUUCAACUUGACUAGCGAUAUAACCUCUUUUGUUGCAACGAAUAGAUUUUGUUGGUACUCUACGUUUACUUACUACCGCCAUCUGGUGCGUGAUUUGAUUUAUGUGUAAUAUCUGCUUGUCUGUUGUGAUUAAUUAAAGUUUAAAAAAAAAUUUAAAUCUAAGAUUUCUCACCAUUUUUUUUGAAUUUGUUGAUAAAAUGUUUCUGAGAAAAAGAAGAAUUUUUCCACUAGACUUGCAAAAGGAUCAUGAGCACAGGCGAUUCACCUUGCCCCACCUUACUUCUAGGACAAAUCAAUACAGAAAAUAGAUACCUAAAAUAGUCUCUCAAUCGUCGAAAAUAUGGAAGAUGAACAAGUUCAAUUACAGUACACCAUACAACAAUAAAUAACCGUUUCCUAUACACAUUUAGAUUUUGUAUUUGAAAGAGCAGACCGGAAAUUGAACGCAGGUAGGAUAGGUUCCUCCAAUAUACAUUACAUUGUAUUCCUAUAACAAAGUGAAAGCAUUUUAGGCAUUCAGUCAGGUAUUUAAAGGUACAUAGCAACAAGCAAGUAGAUUUGGGAUAGCAGUUAUAACGGUAGGAUUUGUUAAGUUCAUUCUGAUUAAUCAUUAGACUAUUUUAUUGUAGAGUUUAUGUUUCGCCUUAUAAUGACCUAAUAGUUACAGUCCGUGACUGGCAUUCAGUUAUUUUAUCAGUGUUGUCAUAUUGGUACAAUAGAUUCAUGCAAAUUUCUUGGAACUCCGGUAAAGGAUUCAUAACAUUUUGUUUCUAGUGAGAAGCUCAAAGUUGUAAGAAAACUAUUGUUUAACGACAAGAGAAAAAUAAAGGAAUUGAUAUUUCAA